AUGGUAGGCAGAGCGAGUGAGGUAUUUGCAGUGCUGUCAGAUGAGGGGUCACGAGAUUAUGCAGAGAUUAAACAGGCUGUUUUAAGUGCUUAUGAAUUGGUACUAGAAGCAUAUAGACAACGUUUGAGGGGUUUUUAUCUGGUCCAUAACAAAUUGAGGGCUCUUGAGAUCAAAAUCUCUAAUUCCAAGUUGGGUUUAAGAUUGUUGGAUUCAAAGGCAGCGAGUGGUAAAUGUUGGUAUCUUUUAUUUCAGGUGUUGCAUUCAGAAGUGGUUGAAACAGAGUGUGCCUUGUGUAACAAUGGCUCUUUCAGUCACGAAAAAUUUCAUGGAGGUGGAAGAAGUCACUUCGGAAGCUUUAGAGGAACAACACAUUCAUGUCAGAAUGGAGGGACCUGGAAUGGACAUAAAUGUGACUGCAAGGAGAACUACGUUGGGUCCUCUUGUGAAUUUGUAGCAGAAACUAUCAAAGUUGAUGCAAUUUGUUUAUGGACAUAUUCAAAGAUAUCAAACAGUCGAGAUCACAAUCACAAGAGCAGUGUUCAGGAAUUCAGUUGCGCCAAAUUACAAAAAUGUAUCAUACACAGAUCAAGAUGUGACUGCCUUCAACAAAUUAUCGAUGAGGAUGAGCACCUCACCAAGACCUUGCCCGCGCCUCCACUUCUUGCCUUUAAACGACCACCAAACCUUAAACAGAUCAUGGUUCGUAGCAAACCACCCAGACUUCAGGACAACGACACUGUACAACCCUGCCACGGCAACCGCUGCAAGAUGUAUCAAAGUAUCGACAUGGAUAACACCAUUAUACAUGGGGACACCUUCCAGCAAGUACGCAGCAAGUACUCAUGUGACUCAGCCAACAUGCUCUAUCUCAUAGGCUGCAGGCAAGGCUGCCCACAGUCUGACAUAGCAUUGGGACACAGACAGACUUCACACCUGUUGUGUUCAAAAGCUGAGCUAUCUUGAAAAUGUAAUUUAAAGGAAGUUCUGGGUUUACAUUUCCAUUUUCCUC